AUGAAUAAUCAGUCAAUAAAAAUUGAAAAGUGCAUCAAAUACCUAGGAGUAUGGCUGGAUUUCAGGCUUGGGUGGGAUGAACACAUUUCAUAUGUAGCCAAAAGAACUUCUCUCAUUUUUCACGCUUUUUCUGAAAUAGCGCGUAAAAACUGGGGUUUAUCUUCUGAGGCAGUUGGUAUCAUCUAUGAUCAAAUUUAUAUUCCCAUCAUAACAUAUGGUUGCUGUAGUUGGGGUAAUGCUAUUCACAAAGUACAUCUCCACAGGAAAUUGAUAUCAUCUCAAAGAAAAGCUCUACUUUUAUUAACUAGGGCAUACCGGACAGCUCCUAAUUGUAGUUUGCAAGUAAUUUCUAGAAAACCACCAAUAACUGAAAUUAUUCAAAUGGAAUAUAAUCUCCAACAACUCAAAAUGGGAAUCGAUAUAUCUACAUCCACAUGUGACCUUAGUUCCAGUGUUUAUGAACAUCAAAGUCCCAUCAAUACCAGUCUACCGCCUAAUAUCAACAAUUUUCUUAGCAUUGAUCUGCCUAGCUAUUCCGAUUUAAAGAUAUACACUGAUGGCUCUGGCAUAAACGACUCCAUUGGAUGUGCUUUCGUAGCAUACUGUAACGAAAUAGAAAUCUACAAUCAAAAAGGAAAACUGCAUAAACUUUGCACUGUAUUCCAAGCUGAAUUACUUGCGAUCUACAUGGCUACCCUAUGGAUCGAGCAGAAUUUUACUAGAAAGUACAUCCAUAUUCUAAGUGACUCCUUCUCUGCGAUACAGGUCAUUUACAGUCAACAAUUACAUCCGGUUGCAACCAAUAUUCGCAACAUAAUCAGCAAUUCUCAUAAUAGCUAUACCAUAUCUUGGACUAGAGGACACCAAGGUACGGUAGGAAAUGAACGUGCGGAUCAAUUAGCGAAGGAAGCCGCUACUGACGAUUCAUUAGACAUCAUGUAUGAUAAGAUUUGUAGAAGAAGUAUUAAAAAACUUUUAUACGAAGAUUUAUUAAGCAGAUGGCAACACAACUGGGAUUGCAAACAUAAUGACACGACUUAUAAAUUCAUACCUAACAUCAAGAAAUAUCACAACAAUUAUAAAUGGGUAAUUCCAAGCUUCUCACUUACUCAGUUUCUUACCGGGCAUGGUAAAUUUUCAAAAUAUCUACAUCGAUUUGUGAAUAAGCAAAAUGAUCAGUGUGCCAUAUGCGGUCAACCGGACAGCGUCGAACAUUAUAUUUUUACCUGUAUCGCUCUUGAAACAGAACGUUUAGAAAUAAAAACCAUUGCUCAUAGAUAUAACCUCAAUUGGCCAUGCAAACAAGAGGAUCUUAUAAAAAAUAAAGAAAUUUUUUCUUCUUUUCUACUACUUAUUAAACGCCAUGAGGCUAUAGCAAUCUAUGCAACUAGGGAAUAA